AUGGAUCGAUACGAAUUCUUUAACCGUAGUCAAGUAGCAACGCCUAAUCCUUUUUCAACGACAAUACCAACUCUAACUGCUUUGAUUCCAGCAAUAAUUAAUCCUGAAUGGAUGUCAACAAUCGAGUAUUUUCUUCAUUAUGCAUAUCCAGUUGUAAUAUUAAGUGGAAUCUUUUUUUCUUUAAUAACACUACUUGCAUUAAUACAAAAUGUUUACAUGACUUCAAAAACAUAUUUAUUUACCCAAACAAUAUGUGAUAUAUUGUUUUUAGUACUUGGUGUAUGUCUUCAUAUACCAAAUAAUGAUCGAACUUUAAUACCAAACUAUGAUCGAAAUUUAAUACCACAAUUUUUCAAUGAAAAAGUUUAUUAUAAUUUUCUUGUUUAUAUUCUAUGGUUUAUUAUUGUUUGGCUAUUUUUAAUAAGUUGUCUUGAUCAUACAUGUACAGCAAUACAAUCGACUGGUUAUAAUGAAAAACUUUUUUGUUCACCAUGUAAUUCAAAAAAUUCUAUUAUUGGAAUUAUUCUCUUAGGUAUUAUUUUCUCAUUGCCACAAUUAUAUGCAUGGGAGCCCUAUGAGACAGGAUACCGUCCAACAUCUUUACGUACAUCAUUCUUAUAUGAACAUAUUUACUUUUGGUUUUUACAAAUAAAUUAUUUAUUUAUCCCAUUGUUUGCUAUAUUUGUCUUUAUGGGAACUUUACUAUACACAUUGUGUAGAAAAAAAGAACAUUAUUUAUUAACAUCUAAUGGUGGCCAUUAUGGACAUUAUACAAUUCAUUAUGCUAAUCCACAUGAAAACUCUAUAAAUUAUUCAAAAACACGUGAACGAGAAAAUAUAACAAAAUUAUUCAUAUUCAUGUGUUUUCUUUAUCUUAUAUUUGUGUUACCAUAUUCAUUUAUAAUCUUUUUUGGUAAAUUAUUUUUACGAGAACCAACAACUUUAACAUCAACAACAAUAUUUAAGGAAAUAGUUGUCGCAUAUGAUCUAUCAUUAUUAUUAUUUUAUUUACAAAUAUUAAUGAAAUUUUUUGUUUUAACAAUAUUUAGUAGAAAUUUUCGUCAAUGCUUAAAGAAGUUAAUCACAUGUCAAUGUUUUUGUUGUUGUUGCUGUUGUUGUCGUUCGAAAUCGUCGUCAACUGGACCCAAUGAACAUAAUCAUCAUGAUGGUAUAUAUAUGAAAUAA